AUGAUCAAAACUGGUCACACACCAUUCAAAACUCAGUACGCAACAGUCUACUAUCUACAUUCCAGGGUCUUCUGGAGCAGGUGGCCAGGAAGCUGCGCCAGGCUACCUUCAGUUCCAACCUUGCAAUUGUCCUUGAUUGACUCCGAUGGCCAGACUGGCCUUCAAGAAUUGAUUGCUUCACUUGAACAGCUGAAUUCACAUUUCCUUCUGGCUAUUGCAAACUACCAUCAGAUAGUGUUGGAGCGCCCAUAUCUCAUUGAGCACAUUUCCGCUCUGGGAGUUACAGACAGCCCUCUAUCCUUGGAUGAGAGCACUCAUUUGAUCUGUCGAGCGCGUCGUGACCUCAAACGGUUCUACCUUAUACUGGAUGGACCAGAUGAAUGUGAAGAGACGAGUGUAGCUGUGAUCAAGAAACUACUUGCAAUUGAGCCACCUCUGACAAUCCUUGUUUCAAGCCGGCCAACAGCGACCGUCUUGGCUACUCUAAAGGACUGUGCCACUGUCUGCAUGCCGCAACCAAGGUCGUUUAAUGACUUCCUUGCCUAUGCGACGAUAAUGCUCAACGAAUAUCCUGUCAUUGCAGAGCAUCUCGAUCAUAAUUCUGAAAACAUUGCCAAUGCGGCCAAACGUAUUGUGGAACUGAGUCAUGGGCUGUUCGUGCUUUCUAAAGUAUCCUCUAAUACUAUCAUCAAUAUUCCCUGGUCUCCAUGCGAGCACUACUGA